UAUGCCAGCAGGUGCACCAUCGAGAAUCAUUGAAACCUAGUAAUGCAUUGCAUUACGACAAGGCUCCAUACUAUUUUCCUACGCAACCUCGUUUGCCACUCUAACCAAACUUUGACAUUGAGCAAGGUACCGCUAUCAUAGAAAAUGAACAACUUGCCCUGAGAACAACUUAGACCCAGGGAAACGACUGUAAACAACAUGGCGAACAUAGCGAAUGCCGGCACGGACAUGACGGAAGAAGAUUGACAAUAUAAUUCGAUAAUUACAGUAAUGCGAGAGUGCCAGUUUGUUCACUUAAAAAUGACUGGAAAGUCUUUGGAGGUUUCACUUACAAAAGCCAAAGCGGAUAAUCCAACAAAAAGUGGCGCCGAUGAUGACAGUAACGAUGAGGAAAACGGUGUACUGUUUUACGUCAACAAGAAUGGUUUCCCAGUGUCAAAGAGUACAUGGGAACGAAUGUGGAGCCACGCUGCCAAAGUUCAUCCUGAGGGGAGUGUUCCCAUGGCUGAAAUAAGGGAACAGAAAGAUUUACCAAAGGUCAACAUUCCACCAGCUCCAACAUUCCAGCCUACCACUGCUGUACCAUGUAGACUUGAGGCAGUUCAGGAUUACAUGAAGGAACUGCAAUACAACCACACAGGGACUCAGUUCUACGAGAUCAAGAAAAACAGGCCAAUAUCAGGGUUGAUGGAUACUGCCAAAGAGAUGAUCAGGGAAUCCCUUCCUAUCAAGUGUUUAGAGGCUGUUAUUCUUGCUCUAUACCUUACAAAUGGAGCACCAGGCCUAGAACGGUUUCCUGUCAGCUUUAAGACCUUAUUCUCAGGAACAGUCCACCGACACGUUGUGCUCGGGGUGUACUACUCAGGCCGAUACGGAGCCCUGGGAAUGAGUCGGAGGGAGGACCUCAUGUACAAACCCUUGGAGUUCAGGAAUCUCUGGGAGCUAAUAUUUGACUUUGAAGAUGCAUACAAGAAAUAUUUCCACACGGUAAAGAAGGUCAAGAUUGGUCUGCCCGUGUCACAUGACCCACACAGCUUUGAGCAGAUACAGUGGCGGACCAUGUCCCUCAGUCCAGGCAAGCAGUCGAGGCUUGAAAUGCAACGAGAAAUAGAGAAAUUCACAAAAGAUUUGAAAAGCAGGUUCAAGUGGUCAUCAAACUACUCCAGCUAUCAGUUCGUCAAGGAAAACACCAGGCCCAGCUACGAGUCCACCUCGCCAAGGAAGUCUAUGGGGCCGUCUGUUGCAGCCAGGACCCAACGGAGGGAUUGCCACCAGCAGACCUCAGGUAGCACUGAGGCCAGCCUGUCCCCACGGGCCGUGAUGGCCUAUGACAGUAGCGACGAGGAAGCUGAGGAGUGCAGUCCUGCCUCUAAGACUGCCUCCAAGAAAGGAGGAACUACUGGGGCGUACCAGAUCAGGGUGUGAAAGGGCUGGUAAUUUGUGGCUAUGUGUGUUUCUGCGACAGGAAAGAAAAACAUGGAAGGCCACUUGGUGUUUUGCUCUGGAUUGAUGGAAAGGAUUUGACUGUAUCUGGCUAUGUUCGGAUCACUUGGCUAUGGCAGACAUUUAAGACAUGCACACCUUUAAGGAACACCUGCAGCCAUAAGCCAGUGGCAUUAAUAGGUUCACCUUACUGUGAACUGUAAGCGAGUAAUAAACGGCCCCAUUUAAUUAGUGUCCAAGUACAAACUGAUGCCCAUUCAAAAAAGUGCUCAACAACAACCCAAAGUGGUUUUCAUAUCUGGACUUUUGUCUGUGUAUUCACCUUUGGCUUCAAUUUUGUGCAGAUUGUCCCGGAGUAAAGGCUGGUUAGUUCUUAGUGCAUAAGUGAACACACACAUAAUGUUGUGAUGCCAGAUUGAAUAUUCUUGUUGGGAAUUUGUACAGGUUGAACACAUUUCUACUGAAGCGGAUUUCAUCGCAAGCCUUUCGUGACAUGAAAUUUCCUUCGCUUUUGCACUCACAUAAAGUAUGAACCUUCCUCAAAGGCCAACCAGCUCAGUGCAGCCACAGAAUUUGAAGCCAAAGCUGGGAGUAUUUUCAUUUGGUUGCAGCAAAUGAAUGUUUGAAACUGACUGAGAUUUAGGAGAAGGCUCAAGGAUAGUUUUGGUAUGGAAUGGUCACUUGUGCUGUUUAACCAUGUUUGCUAGAUCUGUGUAGGGCACACUAGUAUCUAUGCAUGUUGGUUGAAAAGCAUAUAAAGUGCACUGCGUAGAGUUGCAUGACUGAUCUUUAUUAAAAUGCACAAUAACUGUGUCUUUACAUGGCUGCCGACUUGCAGCAACAACUGCAUUCUCUAAUACUUGAUUUCUCUCUGUCAUCAUGUAAAGGCAAAGGACGCAUAGAGUGUAUAGGCAGUAACACUUCUACAGGAGUUCGUUUCCUUCCAAACUAACUACAGUACAUGUAACGUCCCAGGGCAGCUGACGUACAUUUGCAUUGUAACUGACACUCAUUUAAGAGAAGUAAUCAGGCACAACUCUUGCAGUGACAACUUGGGCGUAAAUCAUUCAUCCUGAAGAUGGAAUGCUUUUGCCGUUUCUUGACCGGAGGGAAUGCUGUGCAAACUGUCACAAGUUAAUGUGAUAGAAAAACCCAACAAUUCAUGCACUUCAAAUAUCACCUGGAUCUGGCGUGUUCGUUACAUGUAGCUUAUAAUCCGGAGAUGACUUGUAUGAGAAGUGGAGCAGGAAUUAAGUGUUAUUUUUGUCGCAGGCCAGAGAAAGAGGAUUGAUACUCAAGAUAUCAAAUUCAUUCCCAUGUUUGAAAACAGAAUGCUUAAAAGAAAGUCUUUCUUUUGCGUGAUAGUAAAUGAAAAUUUUUUUAGGAUUAGUGAACCAUCAUGUACAUUCAGAUUUUAGUUUUAUGUUUGUGUUACCUAGAAUUAUACAUGUACUUGGAGCAAAAUAUAUUCAUUAUUUAUUUUCGAGAAGUUUUAAAUGUGGUGGUUACACAGGUAAAAAAGGCAAAAUCUUUCCUUAUGUGCUUGAGUACUUGCUGAUUUUCAUCUGCAUGUUUGUGUGGACUGCUUUUUUAUUGUUUAAAUGUACAGUAAAAUGAACUUACAUGUAUCUCAUAUUUACAGACGAAACAAAGUAUAAUUUUCAAUUUUUGCCCAUUUAAAAGAGGAACAUACAUGGAUGAAACAGGCCGUAAUGAUAUAAACCAAAAUAUUCAAUGACUGUUAAAAAAAUUAAAUGGGCGUUGUUUUAAUAAUGGAUGGGGUGUGUUAUUGGAUAUAGUUACCCCUUAGAAUAACAUUUCAUAGGGGCAAAAGCUAUGGUCUGUUGAAGGGAGUCUGAGCAGACAUUCAGGAACUUGAUGAUCAGCUUUAGAGGCUGUGUGGUAUUUUUCACUGACUCGCUCACUUGCGUGUUUCCGCGAUCUUGACCAUAAUAAUUGUAGUUUGUUAGGCUUAACAUUUGCCACUUCAAAAUUUUAUAUGCUGCCCAAUGUGCCCAGCAAAGAUUUUGCUCAGUACCUCUCUUAUGCAUGACAAAAGCACAGGAUGUGUUUUACUUUUUUAUGAAAGAAACUUUUUUAGAGAGUGUGUGAUAGAUUGCUAAACACUUUACCAAAUUAAACAUAGCUUCCUGUGCUUAAUUGAAAGGUUCUUGACUAAAUUUGAAGGUACAUGAAGUCUUCUAAAUACUAUUCAAAGUUGAACCCAUUGUGGUGUCUCCUCCAUAAAGUGCCUUGUGUCUGACCUGCUGUAUUGGCUUGCUGAAUGCAGUGGGUUAAUUGAGCAAUAAGUUUUGUGUGUGAUAUUAAGUUCUGUGUGUGAUAUUUAAGAACUUUCCAAAUAAAUUGAAGCAGUUCUCAGUUA